AUGACCUUACCACCCCUCCUCACAGGCCAGGUCUGCGCCAUCACUGGAGGGCUGACGGGCAUAGGACGGGCGAUCGCCAUCACGUUCCUGUCUCAUGGGGCAAAGGUGGCCAUCAACUAUCUCCCGUCGCACAACAAGGGCGAAGAGCAACUGCUGUCGUCGCUCCGCACUGAGGCGUUGGAUGCCAUCAAGGCACGUCCCGGCAGCAACAGCAGCAGCAACACCGCCUCGACGACCAGCCUCGACGACGUCCCACUGCUCAGCGUGGCCGGCGACAUUUCCCAGCCCGAAACAGGCCAGGAGCUCGUCAAGCAGACGGUGGCGCGGUUCGGCAGGCUGGACACGUUCAUUUCCAACGCGGGCAUCUGCCGGUUCGAAGAGUUCCUCGAGAUCUCGCCAGACAGCUUCCAGCGCCACCUGAACACCAACCUGUCGGGCGCCUUCUAUGCCGUCCAGGCCGCCGCCCAGCAGAUGACCCGGCAGACGCCGCAGGGCGGCUCGAUCAUCGGAAUCUCCAGCAUCUCGGCGCUGGUGGGCGGCGCCCAGCAGUGCCACUACACGCCGACCAAGGCCGGCAUCUUGAGUCUGAUGCAGUCGACCGCCACCGCGCUGGGCAAAUCCAACAUCCGCUGUAAUGCCCUGCUCCCAGGCACCAUCCGCACGCAGUUGAACGAAGACGACCUCGCAGAAGGCAGCGACAAGAAGAAUUACAUGGAGGCCAGGAUUCCACUGGGCAGACUGGGCAAGCCGGACGACAUGGCUGGCCCAGCCCUGUUUCUGGCUUGCGGCGAGUUGUCAUCCUAUGUCACGGGUGCCGCUAUUUUGGUGGACGGAGGAUUGUUUGUAAAUCUCCAGUAG